CUUCAGCUAAACAGUCGCAGCAGAGACCGCGGAUAGCAAGGAUGCUACAGAGUACCGGUAGAUUUUCUUCCUGAUUGAACGUUGCGUGUGAUAAUUCAAAUUAACCAUCGAGUAAAAAAAAACAUUUGAGGUGCGUUUUGUGUGAAAGAACGAAUCGACAAAGGAUUAGCCAUAUUCUAAUUUUACAUGUGAUCAGUGAUGUAUUUGGAACCUUCUUUUUGACUGUUGAAUAUGCUAUAGUAAUAGGGUGAAUUACUAAGUUCAGCACUCAUAUCGUGUUACUGGUUGAUUGCAGAAAGUCGAUAUAAUCCAGAUUGUGAUAUCUUAGUGCCAUAUGUGUUAAUAUGAAUAGAAUGAGAGAGCUCCUAUGUGAUUUAGCUGGGUCCUGACAAAAUGUGCCACGCUCGUUAUUAAACCCGCAACAGUAAAAUAACUGUCUUCCAUCAGAUGAAAACUAUUAACGCUGCACAUUGCGUUUAUGAGGAAAUACAGUUGUGAGUUAACAGGAAAUAAUAAGUCCGCGAAAACAGUAGAGAAAAUACUGGACGACCUUAGCCUUUAUUUUGAUGUGCGGUGACCGAAUAGAUCCGACAGGUCAACUUGAAUUGAAGCUAGAUUAAGCGCACACAAGCACCAUUCCUCAAGUGUGUAACAAAAAAAUGAAGCAACACCACGAGAUGGAUACUUCUGGAUACAUAAAUGAAGAUGAUGAAUUGGAGCCGGUUAUGGAAGAAGAAGGAGGUCAACUGAAAUCCAAAAAUGGGCAAAAAUACAUCAUCAACCGAUCCCCGCGUGGCAAGUAUAUCCCGACCUGGUGCUGGUACUUCACUAUAUUUUUACUCACAGUGCUGACGUUACUGUCGACAAUUUUAUUAGUGCUAUUGAUUAAUCAACAACGAUUUUGUUCUUCCGAGUAUGGCCAAUCGAACGGAAACACUUCCACUCUCGCAAAAGGGUCGAUUUUCAAUUCCUUAAGCAGCAAUGGGCAUGAUCGAACUGGUGUUGGUAACUCAAAAAAGUGUACCCAUGAUCCUCGACUUAACACGCAUUCUGCGAGUGCUACUCAUACCCUAAAUGAAGACUACAUUGAUGAUGAUGGUGCACGUUUUACGGCAGAUAUCGAUGAACAGGAUAUCAUUACGCGAAAUAGUGGCUGGAGCCCAUUCCAUUACAAGUUGACCAUAGAACCAAAUUUCGAGCGUUCGGUAAAUAAUGGAACCGUAAUCAUAACUAUUCAUCGAGACUUGUCGGAGGAUAAAAAACUGUUGCCAAUUGUGCUAGAUAUAAAUAAAAUUGAGAUUUUAGCUUCGCAAGUGUUGGAUCACAACAAUCAAGAUAUUGCAUACGAUGCAUUCUACGGUAAAAACAAUCUUUCCUAUAACAUCGAUAUAAAGGAACGAAGCCGAAAUUUACAAAAUGUGACUGUAAUAUUUGAUUUUGAAAGCAAGCUUAGUGACACGUUGCAAGGUUUUUACAAGGGAUAUUUUGUAGACGAGGAAACUGGAAAAAAGAGUUGGUUUGCCAGUACCCAAUUUUCUCCAAUCGAUGCUCGUCGUGCUUUUCCCUGCUUCGAUAGUCCGGAUAUGAAAGCAACAUUCGAAAUAUCACUGGUGCAUUCGGCAGAACAGAAAAUGUUUCUCUCGAAUACGGAUCAUAUCCGUACUACAAUAUCCAGACCAGGUUAUUUGAAGGAAGAUUUCGAAGUAACUCCAAGAAUGAGCACUUAUCUUGUUGCAUUCAUAGUUUCUGAUUUGAAGUUAGUUCAGCGUUCGCAAGGAUUCACUCCUCAGAUCAACAUUUGGAGUCGUCCGGAGGUUGGUAGAAUGACCAGCUAUGUUCACAGGCUAGUUGUAAAAAUUUUACCUUAUUUGGAGAGAUACUUUGAUAUGAAGUUUAACAUGAAAAAGAUUGAUAUGGUAGCUGUUCCUGAUUUCGGCUUCAGUGCGAUGGAGAAUUGGGGUUUAAUUACUUUCCGAGAAUCUGCGUUCUUAGUACCCGAAGAUAAUAACAGAAGUUCCUCUGCUCGUCAUAAAGAAAGGGUAGCUUCCGUGGUAGCACAUGAGUUGGCCCAUCAAUGGUUCGGAAACCUGGUGACUCCUAGUUGGUGGAAUGAUCUUUGGCUGAAAGAAGGGUUUGCGACAUACAUGAGCUACGAGUGUUUAAACUUUGCUGAGAAAAAAUGGCACAUUUUCGAAUCAUUUGUCCAAAACGAACUACAGAAAGCUUUUCAGAAGGAUUCUGAUCGUAGCUCCCACCCAAUUUCAUUUCCUGUCAAUCAUGGGUCGGACAUACGACGAAUUUUCGAUCCAAUAACAUACUCUAAAGGAGCUUCGAUAAUUAGAAUGAUGAGCAGCUUUUUAGGGAAAGAAACAUUCAAAGCAGGCAUUAUGCAAUACCUAAAGCAAUACCAAUAUGGAAAUGCCGAUCAGGAAGAUUUAUGGGAAAUUUUGACUACAUAUGGGCAUACACAUAAAACUCUUCCCAAUACGUUGGAUGUGAAACAAAUCAUGGACACUUGGACAUUGCAACCGGGUUAUCCAGUAAUAACAGCUGAAAGGAUAGGCGAAAGAUUUUUGAGAAUUUCACAGCAACGUUUUAUGCUUCCAACGAGGGAUGAGACAGAUGAAACCAGGUGGUACGUUCCAAUUACUAUAGUUACCGAAUCUUCGCUCAAAAACACGAUUCCAUCAUUUUGGCUGAGUUACGAUAAUGCAUCGAUUGAAGUGGAAAUAGAUACAGAUCCUGCUGAUUAUUUCUACCUGAAUUUCGAUCGAACCGGUUACUAUCGGGUUAAUUAUGAUUAUGCAUCAUGGAAGAGAUUGACCCACAAUUUCCCUCAUCUACCGCCAUUAACUAGAUCACAGUUGGUCGAUGACGCAUUUAAUCUGGCGCGGGCCGAAUUCAUCCAGUACGAUAUACCGUUAACAUUGAUAAUAAUAUUGUCCCGAUAUCCCUUUGAUAUUCCUGCCUGGUCUUCCCUGAGUAAAGGAUUGGUCUUUCUAGACGAUAUGAUGGCGCGUGAGGUGGCUUACGAAAGCUUUUUAGCAGUUAUGAGAUCAGUGCUUAGGAAAUCGUUUGAAGAGCUAGGAUUUGAAGAUAAUCCGCAGGACGAUCAUUUGCAAGUGAUGCACCGGGAACGGAUUGUUGGGUUGUCUUGUAAAUUUGGAAUUGAUAAAUGUUCGGUUCGUGCACAGACACUUUUCCGGCGCUGGAUGACCGACUACAGUGACAAUCAAAUUCCACCGAAUCUCAAACAAGUGAUCUAUUGCACUUCCUUGCGAGAUGGAGGAGUUCCAGAGUGGAAUUUUGCAUACAAACGAUACAAGGAGACAGAUUCUGCAUCUGAGAAAGAACUGAUACUUAAUGCACUUGGAUGUACAGUGAAACCGUGGUUACUGUCAAAGUAUUUGAAUAUGACUCUGGAUUCUUCUUCCGGAAUACUGAAACAGGAUGGUGCAAGGGCUUUCCAGGCAGUCGCUAAAAAUUACGCAGGAAACGACAUUGCUUUCAAUUUUCUCUAUGAGAAUAUUGAGCAAAUCGCGAAAUAUUUUGGAGAUGGAUUUUCAACGUUAACUAAAAUGAUAGAUUCUGUUUCAUACCUGAUGAACCAAAAACACCACAAAGAACAAUUCGAUCGAUUCGCCCGUAAAACGCGAAAACUUGGACUGAAAACGAUAGAAAAAAGUAUACACCUAGCGGAAGAGCAAAUUUUAAAUAAUAUCUACUGGCGAUCGCGGUCGUACUAUAAACUGCAAGAGUUUUUGAAUCAGUUAAUUCAAGAUUUACAUAUGAAUAUGUACUAGGCAGCUAACUUACAAUGAAUGCAUUGUAAACCAAGCAGAGUUACGUUAGAAGUUGUACCACUACUAGAAUGUGUAUAGAUAUGAUAACAAAUUAAUCUUUUCGUUGGCAAAACUCAAGAUCCUAUGAAUAAGCCUCGCAAAUUAAUGUUGUAGUUUUCAAAACUAUUCAGUGUAUUUUUGAUGAGCGAAAUAGGACUAAUUGCUUUUCUGGCUGUGUAUAAGUGAAUUUAUCUUCGCUGACGACCAUGGUAGAAAUUAUCACAAGUUUAUCGAGAACAAAAGGGCUACUACUUAACUAUGUAGCUCUUCGAGCAGCAAGUGUGUAAUAUGUCACAAUCAGUAUUUAUUUAAAUCAUCUUAUAACUUAUGUGAAAGCGGUAAAAUGUACGGAAUAUGCAAAGAAAAAAUAGUCUGCUAGGAUAAUAAUUUUCUCAAAGAAAUAAGUUAAGCAGUAGAUUUCUAAGCGUGUUUGCCAUAUUUUCUGUUAUAGUACUAGUUAUAGUUAAAGUUGGAUAACGAUGUGAAAUACACUUGCACGAUUAAAAUAAAACUUUUCUUGGUAGUAUAUCUAUAGUAAAUGCGAAAAUUUGGUUAUACCGACUAAUUAACUGUACGAAAGACACACGAAUUGUUUGAAACUUGA